CUACUACACACUCGAGUGCAACGCACGGCAACAUCAUGUCUUCACGGAAACGCCCGUUAGCUGAAGUGCAUAACUCUCGCACGCCAGCCCGACAAGCGCCGUUGACCCCACACGCUCUUCGUGCUUUCCAGCAGCGAAGCGGCGCAAAGACACGAUCAUACCGCAAAAGAAGAGCUUUUAGCGAAGAAGUCCGACCAGAUUCGGCAAGAGGCAUACUACGACAGUUGGCCAAGAUCACAGCACCCUUGACAAAGAAAACAAUACCUACGCCAGCCAUUGCACGAGGAAAAGAAAAUAAGGACCCAGCAAGAGAUGGCAGUCCCAGUGUCGAAGCACAAUAUGGCUUGAAGAGACCACGACUAUCACUGGACAUAGAUGACAGCGUGGAUGAUGUUUCGCCACCAUAUCAUGAGGAAGAGGAGGAUAGUGAACUCCCUGUUGCGCCGACACCUUCGAUACUACCAGGCGAAGAUGAUGACCACCAUGAAAGUCGGGGGAGUGAUCCGACGAUCACAUUCGAGUCGAUAGACUUUGCAACCGUGAGGACAGGUCACACCCUAGCAGAUAUUGACCGGCAGAGGUCGCGGCUCUCGUUUUAUUCCACAGAUCAGCAUAAUGCCGACGAAGCAGACGAGGAGCCUACAAUCUUGACAGAAAUUGGGAGAAGGGCAAUCAGCGAAGAGCCGACUGGCCGUUUGUCACGCUACAGCUUUGGGAGCAUUAGAAUGAGCGAUUUCGGGUCAGAACUUGAAAUUCGAAGAGACUCAGGUCUUCGCGAACAGACGAUGGAUGCGAAGGUUCCGCCACAAUAUGACGAGCUACCGGUUGAUUACAAGCCGCUUGAUUUUGGCGGCGAAACGGAAAAUCUGGAGAAGUUUCAGAAGUCCCCGUCGCUGUCGCCAGCUGACGAGAGUACCAUGCAUAUGCCUGCCUUGGACCAGACUUUUCAAUUCGAAAUGGUGGACGAAGAGGUGACUUCAAACUACACCCAUCAGCAGCCUCUAGCGGACACUGGAGUCAGACCAUCAAUCGAAGACGAGCAAGAUCCAACUGGCAAGGCGCCAGAGGAUGCAUCGCUUGGGCCCGAGGAAGCGUCGCGCCGGUUGACGACAACCGACGAAGCCAUAUUACCACCACAGCGUCGUCGGAAAAACGUCAAGAUGACUCGUCAUGGGGAAGUGGUCCCAUCACUUCCGUCAAGUCUGAUCCGGAGAGUGGCAACCGAUGCUCAAGGCCGACUGGGCAAUCGUAAGCCCAAGCUUGGUCGGGAGCACAUGAAGGCCCUCGAGCAAGCAACGGAAUGGUUCUUCGAACAGAUUGGUGAAGACCUCGAAGCGUACUCAGACCAUGCUCGACGAAAGAAGCGCAUCGACCGAAGCGACGUCCUGAUGCUGAUGCAGCGACAAAAAGUGCUGCAGGGUGAUGAUGAGCUCCAGAAAGCCGCUCGAGAAUUGCUCCCGAAAGAAGUCCUUGCAGAGUUUGGGGAGGACGACUCCUGAUCGCUUCGUCUUGGUCAUCACCAAUUAGUGACAUGGCGUACCCGCCGCGACCUAUCGACAGGUUUCUUUUUGAGGAGCAUCCACAUCAUGAGUGUUGUGGCAGCAGAUAACGAGUACCUAAUGAGUUGAUGAGACACGAAACCUCUGGAUACCCACGGAGGUAUACUUACCAUGUGAAUAUGUACUGGAAAUGAUUAUUCCUCAGAUUGACC